UGAAAUAUGGCGCCCAAAACAAAAGUACUAACAGUCCUAGAUCGGAAUGGUGUUCUAAUUGACUUCUAGAAUUUAUGAUCGCGAUCGCAACUUUUGCGUAGAUCACAAGAAUAUGGAAGGAAUUUAUGAAGUAUCGUCUUCUGAAAAAGUCAAAUCUCUGGAAGAAGAUCUAAAGAAAGAGCUGAAGGAAUUACAAAAUGAAGUCGAAGAGGGAAAUUUCCUGAGCUCGUCUGCAGCGCCAAAGGCAUUCGGAUCUGUUCCGUUGCCUAAGGAUGUCGAUCACUUUAAAAGAGAAAGGAAGCUUGCCAUUAACAAAAGUCUUCAGGUUCGCGAAGCUCAGCCUUUGAUUAUACAAUCAGAUGUGAUGCAAGAGGAGAUGACCAGCUGUUGUCAAGUAGAAUAUACUGCAAAGAGUAUUCCACUUUUGCUUCAUCAGUUUUUCGUGGACAGAAUAGAACACUUGGUUCAGUGUAAACACAUGCACAUGCUGCGCUGGGCCCGUUUCUGUGAGCACACAAAGGCCAUAGAAAAUCUGUUUCCUGUGUACCAGAAAAGGCUCAGUUAUAUCAUGGAAGAAUAUCAAGAUUGUCUCCAGCGCGCAAGAAGGCUGGCCGUGGCAUGUGAAGUAACUCUAGCGGGAGGCGAUUCGGCGAUGAGUCUAGUUACUAUGGAUGAUCUACUGAUUUACAGCCGAUGGUUCAUCUGUAUGUUGCAUUCAGUGAAGAAUAUUCAUGCAUUCAUCAGGACGGUCGAGUGGCUUCCCCUGACACACAAGAACACUAUUUUACCUCAAGUCGCUGAAAAAGAAGAGAAACCUCCUGAACAGGAACGUAAGGCCUCUAUGGGUCCGCCCUCUAAAGCACGAGGCCAACUCAAGAAGAUUCUCAGUCAAGUGUCGAUCACGGCCCAUCUCCAUGUCCUAAGGCCCCAACCCACCCCUGAUGCUAGUCUUCCACCACCUCCACCUCUUAGUCUGACUCCAUAUCAGCUGGUAUCAGGAACGAAUCCCUCCAUUGCGGCUGCAGCAGCUGCUUCGGGCGGAGGGUUGGCGUCUGACGAGAUAAACCUGAAGUUGCCACUACACGAGACAACUUUUGCUACCAUAAAACCUCUGUUGGAGUUCUUUAUGACUUGUUACGCUGUUGAGAUGGACAUCAAUCAAAUCAACACUCAUGCGGAUGAAAUGGAUCUCUUUACUAUGGUCUCAAGGAGAUUCAAAAAAGUUUUUUCAAAACAAGAACAAAUGAGAACUUUCCCCGUUUACGACGCUUCAAUCGAGGAGUUUGGAGAUAGUAAAAUAAGAGGCGAAGGAGCGUUGCACACUUUCAAACAGCAGUCGAACUGGACCUCUUUUAAUUCUCUAAGGCCAGAGCAGGCCUCAAUUCAAGUUAAGGCCAUGACAAAGCUGAAACAUAAAGGCAACAUCGAUGAGUUACUUAAAGCUCAUUCACGUUUCCUUCAUGUACAAGAUGGCCAGAGAAUACUAUCAUCAUUAAAAGAACAUGCUAAAGCUGUCUUGGAGCCGCCAAAACCUCAUGCAGUUUCUGUGACGACUUACCGCGCUGAGAAUGACACGGCUGCAGUUUGGAAACGUAUCUUCAGCUAUGCUUCUGUGAGUUUGAGCUCCAAGGAUGAUGUUCUAGAGUUUGACACCAAAAUCAGUGAAGACGACAUGGGUGGUAAUAGUAACUCCACUGGUGAAUUUGAUCUUGGUACUGCGGUGGAACUUCUCGGCUUGGAUGACGAAGAUGCUAAGACUCAGGCCAGUAAACUUCAAGGCGCUUACAUGUCCUUUCUCCUUCUGAGGCACCUUAGGCUAAGGGAUCUGCAGAGAUCGUGCCUUGGCAUACUCAACUACUUCAAGUCAACUGAGAGAACGUUAACGAUUAAUGAUGGUGGCUUGUCACUGGAAGGAGGAAAACAAAAGGCGUCCAAACAUCAAGUGUUCCAUGGCGGUGGAAUUUCAGGUGUUGGAUCACAUCAGUACAUUCACAACACUCCGGCUGAUUACAGGGUUGAACAGUCUGAAUUCAUGGAGUUUUCAGAGGUCGAAAAUCAUGAUGACUUCAUUACAACUGAAGAAGGUCGGGUGCAUAUUCAGGACCAAAGAGGCUACUACAUCUUGUAUGAUACGGCGCUUGCAGCCUUCAAGGAACUGGAGACUGAACUUUUGCUUGUGGCCACCCAUUUCCUUCAGAAAGACAAAGAUUUGAGGCUUCCCAAAAAUUCAAAGUUUCAGGGAGAUCACAUUGAUCUGGCAGCGUAUGGUCAUCAGCAAGUGGACAGAUUUGCUGUUCUUUUGGAUUUAUGGACAAAUGAAGCUGCAUAUUUGGAAAACAAGAGACAGCUGUUAGACUGUUAUCUGGAGGCUUAUCAUCAUGUCUUUGACCCAAAAGAGAAAAAACGGCUCGCUCAGAUUAUGGUUAAUGUGAUGCACUCGAGACCAAGAUACGAUUUUUCUGCUGACUACUUCGUGAAGACAUAUCGAGCUGAAUGUGUCUGUCUGCGACUUCAUUGCAACUUAAUCAAGUCAAUUCUCGACAAACAGAUUGACGAUGAGCGAGAGUACAUUCAGAAAGUUUCAAGGGAAGAUAAUUCUACGUUGUUUGGUCUUCCCCGUCGGAUCAUUCCUCAACAGCAUAUUGCAGUGAACACCAGUCGACCCGCCCUUAGAUACGUCUACAUGUUGGAAUUCCAUCCAUCCCUUGGUCUAGCCAGCAGAGUAUACGAGGCAUUGCAGAGCGCUUUGAAGAUGUUUAUCCAGAUACACAAACCAAAAAGUACAGGAGAGAUGAUAUCACUUGAACGUCGCUUAUAUGAAGUAGCACAAAAGGAAUGGGACAGUCAGGAACCAACUGGCCACUCAUUUGCACUGCAGACACAGAAAGACCUCUUUUCUGAAGUAUUCGUGGAAGAUCCUAUCUUUGUUUGUGAAGUUGCACAGUCCCUGGUAAACCAAGCUUUCAAUUCCAAAAAGGGAGGACGAAAGUCUGUUAAGGAAAAACAAAAGAUACUCACGGAGACCUGGUCAAAACUGUUGGAGGUUAUAACUUUAAGACACAGGCUCAUAACUGCUGCCCAGGAAACAGAUGUAGUCACGAAGGCAUACAAGCGACAAGCCAAAGAGAUUGGAUUUGAUGAAUACCAUGCGUUUCUUCGUGCCGUGUCGUUUGACUUUGCACAGGCAAAACCAGAUAAUGAGAUACAAAAUGUUCUCAUUACCGUGGUACAAGAAGAUGAUAGUAGGGUAGACAGAUACACACCAGCAUAUACUCCUCUGGCCAUUCAAGAACUGGAUGAAAAGCAUUUGGGCACGUUCAGCUUUCGCACAAGAGAAGGGUUGUUGCAGAUUAUGUCAGGAACAGGCGUGGAAAAGUUGCAAACGAUCCUAAUGGCUCAGGUUGUUCACAAAAACCUUAUCGUUGCAUCCAUUCUUCAACUUGAAGGCUGUUCAAAAAUCAUCAAAGCUGCAAAAGCGAAGGAAGCAGAAACCGAGAAAAGCGCUGGAUUGUCCCCAGGCUCCUCGCAUGACACUUCCUUUGCCAGUCGGCCUAGUUCAGGCGAGGGAACGUCUGCUCAUCUUGCACCAUUCUCCACCAAGAGACUGGACCGAGAGUUUGAACGCAAGCUUCAGGAAGUGUUUGUAUCGGUGCAAUUGGAGAAGACGUUUUUGAGAGAUAAAAUGUUAAAUGACUAUAUACACAAAAAGGAACAAUUGGGAACAGUCAUGAAGAAUAUUGAUGAGGUUAUCAAGCUGAAAAGAAAAUUAGUCACGGAUUUCUGCGAAAAUCUUCACAAGAGAGUGUCCCAGUAUUCCUUGCAGUCUCAGAUAAUCGCUUAUUCUGCAAGUCUGUUAAAUCUUAUGGCUGACUUUCCAACCACGAGAGAUGCUCAUUUUGUUAUUGGUGAGGAAGAUGAGAAGAAAACUGAAGAAGACGAUAACUUAGUUUCUGAUCCCAAGCAAUUCAGACCCAGACCUAGAAGGCUGCUGUCGUCCGAUGGCAAAAGUUUGCUAAACCUCUGGUUUAUUCCUCAUUACACCGAGAUAACAAGGAUGUUUUCUAAAAUGAAAGGAGAUCAAAGAAACGCAGCUCUCAAAGUGAUGCUGCAACUUAUUUCAUCGCUCCACGACAUCUGUCAGUACCUCUGUGCGCAUGCCCGCCUUGGCAGCUCGCAUGCCCGACUUGGAUCGCAGAAGCUGGAAUUUUCAGGGGUGACAGCUGACUGGGGAGGCACUGAGGGCAUACAUGUCGUCAAUGGUGAAAUCCUUGGCGUAUCCCUGCUUCUGGAAGAUGUUCUUCAAAAUGGCCUUCCUGAAUUAUUUUCACAACAACCAGACGAUUUGGCAGCCUCCGGCUCCACAGGGCAGCGUUCUAGACCGAGCACGAGCACUUCCCGAAGACCUCCGAGCCGUCAUGGCGACAAGCAAGACAGUAAUGAAGAUGAAGGUGGCAAAACCUCUGUUCCUGUAGAGACUGGUCCCUAUGGAGACAUCCCCAAGGGAGUGGUAUCAUUCAGCACCAAUCCCCAAGCAGCCGUGAAACUGAUAAAUUUGUUUCUGUUGGUGUGUUCCCGUUUGGAACUUCUAAAAACUGACUGGGGAUGUCGGAAGCUUGGAGUCAACGAGAUAGCGACUUCUAGGCUCUACAGAACCAUGUGCAAAGUGUAUAAGAUCGAAAUCCUGCAGCCAGUGUACCAACAAGUUGCUGUUAAAAUGGGCCAGGGCCAAGAGUACGCCGCCCUCGGUGCGCUGGUGAACGACGAUGAACCUUUGUCCUCUCCCCCUGGUGCAACAGAGAUGGAGCUGAAAGUCAAACAGCUCAUUCGUUUACUGGAGAACUUAGAGUGCACCAUGAUUUAUGACGUCAUCAGGAGGAUAUCCCGUGAGCACACGUUGGUCGUGUCUGAGAGAGGUAGAGAUGACGCAACACUGCCGACUGAUCUGUGGAAGAGACCGGUCAUGAAAGAAAAUUGCACCAUCGCUAAGCCUCAUCUGGUGGAGAAUUUCAUCCAGGAUCUAAUGUCAGAGCACACGGAGAAGGACGAAAAUGUUUCCUUUACAAGGGACCAUUUAGACAAAUGUUUAGUAAAGCUAGCCUCUGAGACAAUGCUGAGGGAAAGGAACUGUUUCGAGAGCUACGCCAUGUACUAUGAGAACCUCCUCCGUCAUCAGCAUCAGUUGUUGUACAUGAAGGAGCAGGAGAUAAAGCAGCAUCAAGAUACAAUUGAAGCUAACAGCUCUGCUACCAUCGUGGAUGUUCACUGUCAAUUAGCGGACCGAAGCCAUGAACAACUGCUCGAGAUCACUGCUCUCCGAGCGAAGAUUGCCGAGAUGAGAGAGUCCCUCAUGAAUCAGGAAAAGGAACUCCGAGAGCGAAUCAAGAGCGACUUUGCAUUUCUAGUUCAGGAACUAUUUUCCAACUGCUUUUCGAUGAAAAACAGUUUCGAGGAAUUCAGAUUAUUUCUACACGAUGAUGUUCAUGAGGGACUGAGCGACGUGCGUCGUAAAGCCGUGGAAGACAUGAAAAAACUUAGAGAGAAGUCUGGAACAUUAAAAGAGGAAAGCGAAGCUGCUUCGAAACAAGUUUUAGCCAAAUCAGAACAAAUCAGAAAAUUCCAAGAAGAAAACAAAUACCUUGGACAACUGUUCCUAAAGAUAAAGACAAUGAAUAACUGGAAGCGAACACGUCUCUUUAUCCGGUAUCACGACUCGGUCGAGAGUUUACGAGAUGAGGCUGACAAAGCCAAACGAGAGUGCUUAGGAGUUAAGAAGAUUGCAGAAGAGAAAGAAAUACUAUUUAAACAAGAACAAGCAGCUCUGAGAAAGGCUCUAUCAGAGGUGGAGCGAGAGUGCCAGAAACUGCGUAAAAAGCUACAAUACGAGCAAAAGACCAAGCUGCAAAAGAUGCAUGCUCAGAUGCAAGAAGCGCACAGUAUGAGACAACUGGAGCUCGCCAAGUCGACGAACAUCGAUAAACUAAUAGCAGAUCUGGAAGAGAAGGAACUGCAGCUUCGUCUUCUUACUCAAAACUUGGAUAGAGAUCAGCGAAGAAAUCUUUUCGCGCAAGAACAAUCCAAGAAGGCCCUAAAGCAAAUGAUGCAGCAAUUGGACCAUGAAAGAAACUUGAAACUUGGCGCUUUUGAACGCGUUGAAGAUCUACAGAGACAGAUUUAUGAAUACGAGCAACAUCUGACCAGCGGCUUUUCGAGGCCAGGCUCUGGAGCAGGUUCUAGAUCUGCAUCCCGCACAGACAAACGCCCCCUGUCCUCGUACCGGACGGUGCCGGACACCUACGCCGCGUCUCCGCUGUUUGUUCCAUCUACCCGUCCAUCUAAGCCUGUCAAUGUGGUGCAGCCGGUAGCUGGAGGAGGGUUUUGGCCACCCCCUGUGGUAUUUCCACAGAGACAAGCCACUACACCGGACCCUGUGAGUAGUUCAUAUUCGCCGCCUCCCAAAAUUCAAAGACCAAAAACUCAUACUGGUCGUUUGAGAGGGAAAAUUUCUGACAGUCUCUUGGGUGACGUUGAAUCAGAUGAUCUCCCAGAUACAAGACUUCCUCCAACAUUUUAAACUCUUAAACUACACUAGGAAAGGCAAACAGACUCACUCUGGGCAACGUUCAGGAAAAUUGAAAGCGCAAUAUGAGUGACACGAGUUGAAAGGAGCCUGGGGAGAAAAACUAGGCAGCCCUAGCACAUACUCGGUUUUUUCGUACAGCAGCUUGUUCACACGCUAGGGAAAUGCUUUUCCUCUAUAAUGAUUUGGCAGCACUGUAGAUUAAAGGAAGUCUGUUACCUCAGUCGAAUCUACAAGUUUACACCCUGAGACGCGACUUAAAUCCAAGGACUCGAGAGUACGAGACUUUAUUGUAUUAUAGACUCGAGUGAUUAGUUAAAUAUUAUCUUGAAAAUGAAUCAAUAUACGAAUAACUGACACAAGGAAAUUGUGUGGAAGAAACUUAAAAGCCAUAGAAUAGAUGAAUUAUUUAUGCCAUGAUUUUGGACAAGUUCACACGCUGAUGACAACAUUUUAUGAGGUUUUUACUGCAGCAUGUCAAUUUUAUUUAGGAUUUUUCUUGCAGAGAAGUUUGACGCAGGAAAAUCUUGCUCCUACUUUGUUUAAUUUCUUCAGGGUUACCACUACCGGUACUCUAAUACAUUCCAGUAAGAUGGUUUGGAAGAACUAUUUAUGAUCGUAACUGUAGGUGAGCUCUUCUACGAAAGUGUACUGUCUA